GGGAGGGGGGUUUCCACAGGAAGCCGUCCAAAACAUCAAACGAUGUUUUAGUUCUUUCAUUUGCAAUUUUAUAUAAGAUUACUUCCCAACUCCUUCUUGAUUCUAGCACUGGAUGCAGCUUGAAAUUUGAUCCUAAUGACUAUUGGAGGAGGGAGAAAGUUGCUUUUUUUUUACUAGAUGGGGAGAAACGACGAGGGAGGGGGUGAAUUUUUAAAAAGGGGAAGGAAGGCGGAUCCACGUGGUUUAAUCGGAGUCAGACAGAGACCCCAUUGUUCAAAAUCGAUAUAAAAAAAAAAGGACAGAGAGAAGGAAAGAAAAAAAGGGGACGCUGGUGGGAAGGGGGGGGAGACCCAGAAAGCCGAGGAGGAGAUGUGGACAAAAUCGCAACCUGGAUUCUGAAAUAAAAAUCGCGAAGGACGAUCGUAGAAUCUGCGUUUGGAGGAAAGGCUACUCAGGAGAAGACCGCUUGGAAACCGUCCGAGGACGCUAAACCGCGAGGCCAGCGGCGGCCAUGCCCCGGAGGAAGGCGGCGGCGGCGGCGGGGCCGGGGCGGGCGUGGGACGGGCCCGGCGGGGCUGCUCGCAAGCGGCCCGCCUCGGCCUCGGCCGCCGCCGGCUCGUCGCGGAAGAAGGAGCGCAACGGGGGCGGCGAGGAGCAGGACGGCGGCGCGGCGCCCAGGAAGGCGGGCCGGGCCGGGGCGGGAGGCCGAGCGGAGCCGCCGCCGCCGCAGCAGCAGCAGCACCCGCCGCCGACCGCCCUGGUGGUCAGCGAGCCCGAGCACAGCAAGGAGCGCAUCAAACUUGAAGGGUCCAAGUUCAAAGGGCAGCUUCUGAUAUUUGGAGCAACUAACUGGGACCUGAUUGGCCGCAAAGAAGUCCCCAAGCAGCAAGCUGCUUACCGUAAUCUGGGCCAGAACUUACUGGGGCCCCACAGGUAUGGGUGUCUCUCAGGGAUCCAAGUCCGGACGGUGGCUUCAGGGCCAUGCGCUGCUCACAGUCUCCUCAUCUCCACUGAGGGGAAGCUCUGGAGCUGGGGGCGCAACGACAAAGGGCAGCUGGGCCAUGGAGAUACCAAGCGUGUAGAUGCCCCCAAGUCCAUCGAAGCACUGAGCAAUGAAACCGUGGUCUUGGCAGCUUGUGGCCGAAACCACACACUAGCCUUGACAGAGAAUGGUUCUGUAUUUGCCUUUGGAGAGAACAAGAUGGGGCAACUGGGCCUUGGCAAUCAGACGGAUGCCGUCCCCAGUCCCACACAGAUCAUGUACAAUGGGCAGCCAAUCACCAAACUAGCAUGCGGUGCUGAAUUCAGCAUGGUAGUGGACUGCAAGGGGAACCUCUAUUCCUUUGGGUGCCCUGAAUAUGGACAGCUGGGGCACAACUCGGACGGAAAGUUCAUUGCCCGAGCACAGAGGAUAGAGUACGACUGUGAGCUGGUUCCCCGCCGUGUGGCCAUCUUCAUAGAAAAGACGAAAGACGGCCAGAUCCUUCCUGUCCCAAACGUGGUUGUGAGGGACGUGGCCUGUGGUGCUAACCACACACUCAUCUUAGACUCGCAGAAACGAGUCUUCUCCUGGGGUUUUGGUGGCUAUGGACGGUUGGGUCAUGCUGAGCAGAGAGACGAGAUGGUACCUCGGUUAGUAAAGUUGUUUGACUUCCCAGGCCGUGGGGCAGCGCAGAUCUACGCAGGCUACACCUGCUCCUUUGCAGUCAGUGAAACGGGUGGCCUCUUUUUCUGGGGAGCCACAAACACUUCACGGGAGUCAACAAUGUACCCCAAGACAGUGCAGGAUCUGUGUGGCUGGAAAAUCCGCAGUCUGGGUUGUGGGAAAAGCAGUGUUAUAGUGGCUGCAGAUGAGAGCACCAUCAGUUGGGGCCCAUCUCCAACCUUUGGAGAACUGGGCUAUGGAGACCACAAGCCAAAGUCCUCAACUGCAGCUCAAGAAGUGAAGACCUUGGAUGGGAUCUACACAGAGCAGGUGACCAUGGGCUAUGCCCACUCCCUGGCAAUAGCCCGUGACGAGAGUGAAGCCGAGAAAGAGAAGCUCAAGAAGCUGCCGGAGUAUAACCCACGCACCCUCUGACUCAGGGCGCCUGCCCUUGCCGAGGCAGCUGCCCUUCCAAUGUGCACUGGGACGCAGAGUCGUACGAAGAGAUGACCGACACCGCCAGGCGCUUUGUUAGACUUCCAGAGAUUGGGUUUUAUGAGCAGUGUCACGUUUUGACUACCUGUUGCUAUGACUCUUCCUCCCUCCCUGCUCCUUCCUGCCCUUUCCAAAGGACGGCUUGUUUUGUAUCGGUAUUUUUGUUUUGGGUUCUUUGUGGGGGGCGGGAGUUACGUUGAAGAGAUCUACUUGUUACUGACUUACCAUUCCGAUGAAAAUGGCAGGACCGUUUUGUCAAAAUUGGGACUACUUGUCUUUUUGUUAAUCCGGCUUGUGGUUAAUUGAUGGACCAGCAACCAGCCUUCUGAAGAAAGGCAAUGGCCAGAGCUUUUUCACCCGUAGCAGCUUUCCUCUUUUGCAGAAGGGCCUUGUGCCUUGACUCCAUCUCCUUCAAAAGAAGGGGUCAGCGGGAGGCCUCUGCCAGGCAGAUGUUCAUUGGGGGGCUUCUUGCCCCUUUCUGCUCAGAUAUGCCACCCCAGGUAUGCUCAGGCAGGAUCUAGCGGGAAUGGCUGCAAGUUCCUUGGUACUUAAGACGGAGCUUCACGUGACAGGAGGUUGUCGGGAUCAGGCUUGGCCUGCAUCGUUCUUGUGGGGCGACUAGUUCCCUUUGCCAUAUCCUUGCAGGGUUAGAUGCGGUCCUUUCCUUAUCGGGGCCCCCGCUGAAAAGCUGGCACUCUCCCUGCCGUUGUCAGUGUCACCACAUGAGGGCACCUCCAAAGGCUGCAUAAGCGCACGGAGGAGAGCGGCGGGAGCAGCAGCCUCCAGGCUGAAGACAGGACCGCUGCCUUUGGUGGGCCAGCGGCUCGUUCCUGGCUCGGGUGGUUGGGUGGAAGAGCUGCUCUUUCUCCUCCGGAGUAGCUCCGUAGGGGACGGGGGGCCAGGCUCUCGGUAGGGUUUGGAGGGAGCCCCUGCGGUGCCGGCUUGGCUUGCGCCAGUGGGCUGCUGCAGUUCUGCCCUUGCCAUCCCAGGGGUUUGGUCGGUUCUUCAAAGGGCCAAGGAAAUGCUGCUAAAAAAUCCUCCCGUGCCAAGAGCACUCCAAGUGGCACUGAAGGGGGAAACUGGAUUAAAAUCUGGUUGAAGGUAGAAUAGAUGGUCUCCCAAUUGCAGUCACAUUGACGGAGUGCCCACAGGUUCUUCAGCCAUCCUGUGCCAUGUCAGAGAAAUUCGGUGCCUUGACACAGUCCGUGUUCAUUCUUUUUAAUAUAAAUCCAUAGUGUAAGACUUCUCCCCCCCCCCCAACACACACACACACACACACACACAGUUUUUGUUAUCGUUGUGCUCUUGGAAUGCAUGGGGUCUCCAGAGCCAACAGUAUCUGAUGUCAUGUUACUUUUUUCGGUUCUUGAAAAGUUUGGGUUCCAGAAACACUGGUCAGAGAGCAGCCCCCAUUGAGGAGAGGGGCGUCGUGCUGCACUGCCUUCUGCCUUUUUAAAGCCAGAAUCGGCCUAGCUGUUCUACACUGAUUCUUCUGUCCAGCCGUCGUCUUGUCUGUUCAGCCUGGUUUUUAAAUAGUUCUGUUACCCUACUCCCCUUCCCCCCCCCAGUAAUCACAGAUUGGGAGGGUUUCUUUUGUCAUGCAUUUCUGAUGUGAGACUGGAUCACCUCUUGGGAAGACGGCUCAUGUGGAAACUUAGUUUGGGGAGCAAAGACCAAGAAGAGGUGUUCAAUCACCACCAAAGAGAGAGUGUGGUUGUGUGUCUUAAGGGGAAAAAAACUUUGCUCAGGUGCUAUUUGAGCGCAAAUGUGCCACAGGCCUCUUAUGCACCCCUUUUCUAAUAGGGGAAAGGGAAGAAGGAGAGCAAAGUUGGGAAUAAUCUUGAGGCCAUUUUGAAUUCAAUUAAGGUGGGAAAGGUUCCUAGCCUGAUGCUGUAAUUCCCCCCUUUGUUUUUUUUAUAUUUCUCAAAAUAAAUGUUUAAAUACAGGA